GUAUGGAAAUGAGUGUGAAAAUCUGAAUGGAUGAGUCCUACGCGAGGGCGAGAAGAUCUUCACAUGGACUGAGCGCGUAUAUAUAACUGCAGCGCACACGCACACACGCACGCACGCGCACGCACACGCACACACUGAACCACUGCAACAGUCAGAGGGACUCGGACUCAGUGCGCUUCAGGAACGCUCAGUGGAUGAGAUGUGCGGUACGGUGAGAACACACAGCGACUCUGAUCACUGAAACCUUAAUAAAACCCGACAUUUUCAUUCUGGAUAGACAGAAGAGCACACUGCUUCAGGAGCCGAGCUGAGACGGCACUCAGUCAAGGUGCAUCACAAAGUUCCAAAGGAACCUCGAAAACCCUCGGAGAAUGAAGCCCAUGUGGCUGUUGAUUCUGCUCCUGACAGGCUGCUGUCGGGCUUCCCGUUUCACUCGUGACACAACCCAGGCUACACUCGGACGUGUUCCCGAUCAGGAGGUAGACAGCACGGCCUGGAACGGCUCCAAUCCAGAGCAGUAUGGGUCAAGGGGCUCGCCCCGCGGCCCGUUCCCACCCAUGUGCGUCGGACCCAUUGAGAUCAAGCACACGUUUAAGUACAUCAACACCGUCAUAUCUUGCUUGAUUUUUGUCGUGGGCAUCAUUGGAAACUCAACACUGUUGCGUAUCAUCUACAAGAACAAGUGCAUGAGGAACGGGCCAAACGUACUCAUUGGCAGCUUAGCUUUAGGAGAUCUUCUCUACAUCCUCAUUGCCAUCCCUAUCAACGUGUUUAAGCUGCUGGCAGAAGAAUGGCCAUUUGGUGUGUACAUCUGCAAGCUCAUGCCAUUCAUCCAGAAAGCCUCAGUGGGCAUCACAGUCCUUAGCUUGUGUGCCCUCAGUAUUGACAGAUAUCACGCCGUGACCUCAUGGAGCCGAGUGAAGGGGAUGGGGAUUCCACUAUGGAAAACUGUAGAAGUAACGCUCAUCUGGCUACUCUCAGUGCUUCUAGCAGUGCCUGAGGCUUUGGCCUUUGACAUAAUGGAGACACAUUACCGAGGCCAGAAACUGCGGGUGUGCUUGCUUCAUCCUGUACAGACCACAUCGUUCCUGCAGUUUUAUCAGGAUAUUAAGGACUGGUGGCUGUUUGGCUUUUACUUCUGUUUACCGCUGGCCUGCACUGGUGUCUUCUAUACCCUUAUGUCAUGUGAGAUGCUGAAAAGGAAGAAAGGAAUGCGCAUUGCCCUGAAUGAUCAUAUGAAGCAGAGACGGGAAGUGGCUAAAACUGUAUUCUGCCUCGUGGUAGUCUUCGCUCUUUGCUGGCUGCCCCUGCACGUCAGCCGCAUCCUAAAAAAGACCAUCUACAAUCCGAACGACCCCAGCCGCUGUGAGCUCCUGAGCUUCCUUCUUGUGAUGGACUACAUCGGCAUCAACAUGGCCUCCCUCAACUCAUGCAUCAACCCUGUGGCUCUCUACUUUGUCAGUCAGAAGUUCAAAAAUUGUUUCAAGUCAUGCCUCUGUUGCUGGUGCCAGAGGAAAUUUCCAGCCAUUGAGCAGGUCUCAGGAGUCCGCUGGAAAGGGUCAAGUCUCGGAAAUGGUCUGGAUCGAUCUAGCUCGCGGUCUAGUCAGAAGUACAGUUCCUCCUAAAUACUCCAUGCUACCUGAGGUUCCUGCGCUUAGCAGCAACUAGGUUUGCCCUCAGUACCACAUCGUCGAUUCUCAUCAUUCCUGAGGACUCAAAU